AUGGCUCAAGAAGGCACCAAAAGCACCAGCACCGGCACAAGCACGAGUGCCAGCACCUCCAGCGUGCCUGUACCCGUGCCUGUGCCUCUACCAGAUGCCAACGACGUCGUCGCUGCCAGUACGGAGCCCUUGACGACCUCUACUAAUUCGGUCCAUCCCCCGACCACUUCGACCUCUCCUCCUCCUCCUCCUCCCUCUGUAUCUGCUCCUGCUUCCGCCCCCACUCCCUCACCUGCUCCUGCUCCAGCUCCCGCGCCCCUCCUCUCUGCGACGACGCCGACCUCGAGCCUGACUUCGACCUCGAUCCCAACCUCGAUCUCGACCCCGACUUCCUCCGCCGAGAUCUCGUCGAACGCGACUGCGAACGCGUCCGUUCUUGCCACGACACCAGGACCUGCGACUAGUUCUGGGACCGAGCCUGCUCCGGCUGCUCCCUUUGCUGAUCCUAUUCUUGCCCCCCCGCAGCAGAACGGCCAGCAGAACGGCAACGCGAGGCCGUCAUCCUCGCCGACCAUGUCCCACCAUCACCAGCCUCAAAGAGGCUAUCCGAGCCCCAGCAAUUUCCCCUCACCCGGCGCCUUGGCCCCGAACCAAUACUCCUACCACCCACAGCAGAGCCAGGCUUCUGAUCCAUACCGAGCCAGUUCUGGCCCUCCGGUUCCCUCUCUGCCGAGCAUGAAGAGCCUCGACCAUCACUAUCAACACGGAGCGCCGGCUCCUCAAGCGAUGCCAAUGCAGAUGCAGAUGGCCCCGAACCAGAGCAUGCAGUAUUACCUGCCGCCGGGAGUGCAGGGCAACCCAUACAUGACGCAAGACCUAAACCACCUGAGAUAUCAGAUCCCCCACCACGAUCCUAGGCUGAUGCGCGGUCCCGGCGGCCCUAAAAAGGAAAUUAAGCGCCGGACGAAGACAGGCUGCCUGACGUGCCGCAAGCGUCGCAUCAAGUGCGACGAAGCUCACCCGACUUGCAAUAAUUGCAAAAAGUCGAAGCGCGAGUGCUUGGGCUACGAUCCUAUUUUCAAGCAGCAGCCGGGCCCCUCCGCCAUCCAACCCGCCCCAAACACCCAACGAGUGCCGACCCCGACCAUCCCGUCUGUGCCUUCGUCCGUCCCGCCAACGGUUCCGACUGUGCCCUCGACCCCCGCCGCACCUUCCGUGCCUGUGCCGGUUUCCUCGUCAAACCCCUAUGGUGCCCAGCCGGCCGUCUUGCCCAGCUCGUACAACCCUCCCGUACCCUCUUCUCACUCGCCUCUCGAUCCAGCCCUCUCCUCGACCGCGUCCAGCGUUAAGACCGAGACGACGUACGACUUCGCCGCACCCAUAGAUCCUGCUUUGCAGACCUUACCCAUCCCGGCUACCGUACCCUCCGUUCAGGCUCACUCGUUCCCGGGCGAACAAAGGGCAGGCUUCGACAACCAUCUCAGAGCCAAAAAUAUGAAGUUCGAUGACCUCAUCGGCCUCCUGGGCCCUGCCGCCCCCACCCAGGAGAUUGCCCUCACCCCGGAGCUCCUCACCGAAAUCAUCAAUAUCUACCGCGAAGUCUACGCCGUUGGCCUGCAAGCUUUUUUCGAAUCCAAUUGGUUUCAGAAGCAGGAUGUCCAGGGCAAGUUCUUUCUCGAGCAUAGCCAGCCCCUCCUCAGCCAAUUCGCUUCUUUCCUCAAGGUAGUCCAGUCUGUGCCGGCCAAUGACCACACACAGAUGGCGCAUUCUGGGGUCCUUGAGACGCGUUUAAUUUGGGCGCUGGCUACCCUGCCAUGUAACAGCGCCCCCCCUUCGACGAAUGCUGAGGCCAAAGUCCUGCCGCACCCCGAGGACCUGACGGAAGCUGCCAACCGAGUCAAGGUGCUGGAGGCUCUUCUCUCCGGUGACUUCCUACCCUCAAAUAUUCUCGCUCCUCCGGUCCCUGAUGCGAACCCUCACCGCCAGCAGGAGUUUGAGUUCUGGCACAACUUGGCUCAGUACUUGUGCUACCACGAUGCCGCCAAGCGCGAUGAGGUCCUUGGCCGGCUGAGACUCCAGCUAGGAGGCAGGGAGAACCGUGAUCUCAUCUACUCUAUUGCCAUUUCACGCGAGCUUUCUCCACGUGUUGAGCCAGGAUUCGAAAGGAACAUUCCUAAACACUUGGACGAAUCCGAUCCUAAGAACCGGUUAUGGGUUGCCAAUAAGUUCAUCCAGGACGAGGCACAGGUCACUGGCGGGACGACUAACAUUGUCCGACGAUUCAGCGAGAUUGCCAUCCGAGCCUACAUCAGUCCUGGCGUGAACAUUGCAGCACACUCUAGUCCGGUUUCAGCACAGCCUUGA